GGAAGAGAAUACCAGCAUGAAAGGCAAUUCAGUUUUCUUGCUAUUAUUCUACUCUCUCUUGCUGUUUCUUGGAGUGUCAAGAUCAUCCGCAUACAUCAUUGAAGCAGGGAAGGGUAGUAAUGAUGACACUACCCCUAAUGACAAUAGAGUUUAUAUCGUGUACAUGGGAGCCGCAGAUUCAACAAAUGCUUCCCUUCGGAAUGACCAUGCUCAUAUUCUGAGAUCAGUGCUAAGAAGGAAUAAGAAGGCUCUAGUACGCAACUAUAAACAUGGUUUCUCAGGGUUCGCAGCUCGUCUAUCAAAAGAGGAGGCAAACUCAAUUGCUCAGGAACCUGGAGUCGUGUCUGUCUUCCCUGACACCAUUUUGAAGCUCCACACAACACGUUCCUGGGAUUUCCUCGAGUACCAAACUCACGUCAAAAUCGACACCGACCCAAACACGGUCUCCAAUUCUUCUACCUCAUCAGACAUCGUCAUUGGCAUCUUAGACACAGGCAUAUGGCCAGAGGCGGCAAGUUUUAGCGACAAGGGUAUGGAUCCUGUUCCGUCCCGUUGGAAAGGCAUCUGCAUGAAAUCGAAAGACUUCAAUUCAUCUAACUGUAACAGGAAGUUAAUCGGAGCAAGGUAUUACUUUGACCCUGAUGAUGAAGAGGUCAACACUCCAAGGGAUACGUUAGGCCAUGGGACCCACGUGGCGUCCACGGCGGCGGGGGUCACCGUCACUGAUGCAUCAUACUAUGGUCUUGCGGCGGGGAACGCCAAGGGUGGGUCGCCGGAAUCCAGAUUGGCCGUUUACAGAGUGUGCGGCCGCUCGGGGUGCAGUACCUCCUCCAUCCUUGCGGCGUUUGAUGAUGCGAUUGCUGAUGGAGUGGACGUGCUAUCGCUCUCUCUUGGUUCUCCCGCCGUGAUUCGACCCCCAUUGACAUCCGAUCCUGUCGCCAUCGGAGCGUUUCACGCCGUGGAGCACGGCAUCGUGGUGGUCUGCUCCGCCGGUAAUGAUGGACCGAUGCCACACACGGUUGUCAACGACGCGCCUUGGAUUUUAACCGUCGCAGCCACCACCAUCGACCGGGAUUUUCAGUCUAACGUUGUGUUGGGUGGUAACAAAGUGAUCAAGGGCGAAUCCAUAAAUUUCUCCCCACUUUCAAAUUCUCCCAAGUAUCCAUUGAUAUACGGUGAGUCUGCCAAGACAAGUAAAGCCAGCAUAGUUGAAGCAAGAGAAUGCCAAUCAGAUGCAUUAGAUAGAAAUAAAGUCAAAGGGAAGAUUGUCCUCUGCGAUGGCCAAAGUAAUUCAGAUUCAACUAGUGAUAUAGCUGACACGUUGAAAGAGGUGGGAGGAUUAGGUCUGGUUCAUAUCACUGACCAAGAUGGAGCAAUGAUAUUGUCUUAUGGGGACUUCCCAGCAACAGUGAUAAGUCCCAAAGAUGCCCCCACAAUCCUCCAGUAUGUCAAUUCAACCAGCAAUCCAGUGGCAACAAUUCUACCGACAGUAUCAGUCAUUGAUUACAAGCCUGCACCUAUGGUGGCAUACUUUUCAUCAAGAGGGCCUUCAACACUCUCAAGUAAUAUUCUCAAGCCUGAUAUAGCAGCACCAGGAGUGGACAUUCUUGCAGCAUGGAUUGACAAUGACGAAGAAGAUGUUCCAAAAGGAAAAGAGCCCUCUCAAUACAACAUCGACUCCGGGACUUCCAUGUCAUGUCCACAUGUUUCGGGGCUUGCUGGCAGCGUUAAAUCUCGGAACCCCACUUGGAGUGCCUCUGCAAUCAAAUCAGCAAUCAUGACCUCAGCAAUUCAAAACAACAAUUUGAAGGAACCCAUGACAACGGAUUCAGGGUCGGUAGCCACACCUUAUGACUAUGGAGCAGGGGAAAUGACAACAUCAGGACCAUUGCAACCAGGGCUAGUUUAUGAAACCAGCACCAUUGACUACUUGAACUACUUGUGUCACAUUGGACUUAAUAUAACCACGAUUAAGGUCAUCUCCAGAACUGUCCCUGAUAGUUUCAGUUGUCCCAAGGAUUCGAGUUCUGAUCAUAUUUCCAACAUCAACUACCCUUCCAUAGCAAUCUCCAACUUCAAUGGGAAAGGAGCUGUGAAUGUGAGUAGAACUGCUACAAACGUUGGUGAAGAGGAUGAAACAGUGUACUCCUCCGUUGUCGAUGCUCCCAGUGGGGUAAAUGUCAAGUUAAUUCCAGAUAAACUCCAGUUUACGAAAAGUAGUAAACAACUAAGCUACCAAGUUAUUUUCUCCUUGACUUCGACCUCGUCUAAGGCAAAUCUGUUUGGAUCCAUUACCUGGAGUAAUGGUAAAUAUACUGUUCGAAGUCCUUUUGUAUUAACCCAGUAGUUACAUUAAAAAUAAGUAAAUA